AUGAGGCUGUUGGUGUUGGCGGUGGUGGCGGCGGCACUGGGCGCGGUGGUCGGGCAGGUCCCCGCCUUGCCGCCCAUCUCUGAUAAGGCUUUCAUCGGGGAGUGCGUGCGCACACACAACGCGUACCGCAGGAAUGUGGAGCCCACCGCCAGCAACAUGCGGUACAUGACUUGGGAUGCAGCUUUGGCAAGGACUGCCAGGGCAUGGGCAAAUAAAUGCAUUUUUUAUCAUAACACGUAUUUAAAAGUGAGAUAUCAUGGCCAUCCUCAUUUUAUGAGUGUUGGAGAGAAUAUAUGGAUUGGAAGUCAUCAAAUAUUUCACGUUAAAUAUGCCAUUAAAACGUGGCAUGAUGAAGUCAGAAACUACAAUUACUCACUGCAGAAAUGUAGUAAAUUCUGCAGUCAUUACACUCAGAUCGUUUGGGAUGAUACAUAUAAACUAGGCUGUGCUGUUGCUUUCUGUAAAGAAGUUGGAGGAAUAAGAAACGCAGCAAAUUUUGUUUGCAACUAUGCACCACCUGGUAAUUUUCGAAGAAGACCAUAUAAAGAAGGAGCACCAUGCAGUCAAUGUGCCAGGAGGGACUUCUGUGAUAGGAAACUCUGUAGAAAUGAAGAACGUGAUAAAAUUGUUUAUUACUCACGAUGGUAUCCACCUUGGGAGUUCAGAAUUAUCUGUGAUGAAGCCUGUAUUGCUGUUAUAAUUUCGAGAACAUUGCUGAUAUUUGUUGGUUUUCUAGCUAUUUAUUUGUUCAGAAAACACUUUACAAACAUGUUUGUGUUCACAUAACUUGAUUUGAAAUGCAUCCAAUAUUCUGAACAUAAUCUCUAAUGUUUUAAGCAAAAAUCUAUAUUAAUAUGAUUUUAAAGUCAGCUUUCUUUUACUGUAGUUUUGUUACUAUUUUAUGCUCCUUACAGAAAACUUAACAUGCUAUAAAAAUUAAAAAAUUAUUUGUAGGUAAGACCCAUGUUGAGAAAUUAGUAAACUAAGGAUGGCAUUUGAUGUUCAGAAGCAUUGUUUUUAAUUGCCAAAUUUAUUGAACUCUGUUUAUUUACCAGAUUUACGCACUGUAUUCUUGGAAUUCAAGGAGAAAAAUGCCUAUCAGUUUAAAAAUUUGUUACAGUUCAUGCUAAGCCAAUAUUUGAUGUGACAAAUGCUUAGUUUUAGUGCCAAGAGGAAGCUAGCAUCAGAUUACAUACAAAGUCCUUUUUGCUAGAGCGACAGAAUGUUCUGAGUAAAAUCUGUGAAGACAUUUCUUUAGAAAGGCAGUUCUUCAGAAGUAUUGAUUCUUCAGAAGUACAUGAAGCAGGACAACUUGAUAUUUACUCAGUUGUGCACUUACUGCUCCUUAUUCAAAAUAAGAUUAUUCAGAUUAUUACUUUGUUCCCAACUUCCUCUAAACCUUGUGUUUCAUUUCUGAACUUUUGCUGUUCUGUUCUUUACACUGCACUGUUACUGAUAGAAUAUUUACUGUCCUGUAAGUGUUCUGUAGUUCUACUAAUAAAUUUUGUUUUUUAAACCUACUGAAGCCCUUGUAUUCAACACUGAUUUCACUAUUC